GUUCCCGGAAGUGACGCGCGAUUAAGACAGCAACGUCAACUUCCUGAAGCUGCAGAGCUGUUUUGAAGUAGUUAGCAGUGUUAAUUAUAUUUAUUUAUUAACAGUUGAAAUGGAUUUGGUUCUGUAUAUUGUGGCUGCGACUAUUCUGCUGGUUCUGAUCGUGUUUGCUGUGAAGGUUCGCGGACGGACUGAGGAAGCAGCUGACCAUGAAGACCGUCAGAAUGUGGCGGCUCGAGUCGCAGCACGUCCGCUGGCGGCAGAGGAGCGUCCGGCAGGAAUGCCCCGUCGCCGUAGAAACCUCCACAGCCGAGUGAGCGCCCAGCGGGCACAGCGGGCAUCUGACAACGAGGACAGUCCUGUGGAAGCCGAUGAGGAUCAGGAAGACCGGCAGCCGUCUGAAGAACGACCUCAAGCCGCCGGGAAAGUCGGAGCAAAGAAACAGAAGAAGCUGGAAGAGAAACAAGCACGGAAAGCUCAGAGAGAGGCCGAGCUGGAAGAGCGAGAGGAGAGGAAGAAGAUGCAGGAGCUCAGAGAUCAAGAGAGACAGAAAGAGGAGGAGAAGGAGAGACUGCAAGAGCAAAAACAGGAGGAGGAGUUACGGCGUGCCAAGGAGGAGCAGGAGAGGAGAGAGGAGGAGGAGUAUCAGCGGCUGAAGGAGUCGUUCGUGAUCGAGGAUCAGGGAGAGGCAGACGAGGUCGACGAACAAGAGUCUCGCAACCUGCUGCAGGAGUUCAUCCAGUACAUCAAGAAAUCCAAAGUGGUUUUGCUGGAGGACUUGGCGUCCCACUUUGGCAUGCGCACUCAGGAUGCUAUUGCCAGACUGCAGGAUCUGAUCGCGGACGGUUCCCUCACAGGAGUGAUCGAUGACCGAGGGAAGUUUAUCUUCAUCACGCCGGAGGAGCUGAACGCUGUGGCUCAGUUCAUCAAGCAGAGAGGAAGAGUGUCCAUCUCUGAACUCGCUCAAGCCAGUAACACCCUCAUAAACCUCACGCCCGAGAUCCAGAGCAGCACAUGAACUUCAACCUGAAGUGUUUUUCUUCUCAUGACGAGGACUUGUAAAUAAAGUGGGACGCAUCAUGUAAUUUAUGGCAGCUUCCGCCAUGAAAUAAAAAACAAUAAAAAAAGGAAACUGCAACAA